AUGGUGUACGAUGUGUAUGGGAUCGCGUGUCUACAAACAUUCUGCCCGUUUCUCUGCCUAACAGUUCUCAAUUUUGUGAUUGUGAGCAAGUUGGCGAAAAUCGAUGCUGCACAGUGCCCCACUAAAGAGAUGAAAGGGAGCCCUACGAAGAGAAAACGGUCUAGAGUGUUAUCAUCACUCAGGAUUAGCAAACUGCAGAUCACUUCUACAGUAAGAAAUGCGAUUUAUACUAUGGUAGCAAUUGUGUCAACCUAUUUGAUUUCCAACUCAUUGCAUAUUCUUCUAACAUUAUUGGAAGUGACAAAAGCCUCGGUUUUAGUCGACGAACACGAUCCCUACAAAGCCUCCCUGCUCUACACCCUCCUUGGCGACGCCGUCAGUCUCCUCUACAUGGUCUCAUCCGCAGUUCGAAUACUCAUUUACACAUAUUGCAACCCCGCAAUCCGUUACCAACUAUUCUCAUUCCUUGGUCUCCGUUACGACCGGAAGGAUUCGGAUCAAUCAAAAAUUAUCAUUGCUUCCCCACUCCUUAUUGAAGGACAGCUGUCGAAUAGUGUUUAG